UCUGUCCUGCUCUUCGGUUUCUCCGAGCUUUUCAAACCGACAACUUCGCCAUUAACGUCAAUUAACUUAAACAUCUCGUCACCCUCUCUCUCGGAAAAUCCAAACCCCAACCAGACACACCAGACAAAUAAGCACCGUCUCCUGGAAGCAACCGGCGAUCGUCCCGAACGAGCCCUCGACACGCCGUCGCUCGAGACGGAGAUUACGCGGCUGAUGGCGAGUUCCAGCUGGCUUCAGCUCCAUCCGCACCGGAGCCUCGCCGCCCUCGGCGCCGGAAGGAGCGAGCGGAGGCCGCCGGUUCCUCCCCGAGGCCGUUGCGACGUCGCUGCUCGUUCCCUCCGGGGCCGCCGCUCGAUCGCCGUGAAGCGGCCGCAGCCGCAGCGGAGCAGAGUCCGUUGCAGCUACGACGACGGUAAUCGGGGACCGCCGCCGCCACCGCCGCAGCAGCCGCCGCAGCCGCCGCCGUCUCAGUCCACGGGGAUUCGACUUUACAGCGAGAUUGAGAGAGUGCUUACUGAGACAGUACGCCAGUCUCAAAAUGCUUGGGGUAUUACAGGGGACUGGAGCCAAAUUGAGGGUUCUUGGGUCCUUAAACCAAGACACUCACAGCCAAAUGCAGUUGUACAUUUUAUCGGUGGAAUAUUUGUGGGAGCAGCCCCUCAGCUAACCUACCGUCUAUUCCUUGAGCGGCUUGCAGAAAAGGGUAUUUUAGUGAUUGCGACACCAUAUCCCAGUGGGUUUGAUCACUUCUUCAUUGCAGAUGAAGUGCAAUUCAAAUUUGAUCGUUGUCAUCGGUAUCUACAAGACAUAGUACAUGAUCUUCCCACUUUUGGCAUCGGACACUCGUUGGGAUCCGUCAUCCAUCUUUUGAUUGGAUCAAGAUAUGCUGUGCAAAGAAAUGGAAACAUAUUAAUGGCGUUCAACAACAAGGAGGCGAGCUUGGCUAUUCCUUUGUUCUCACCUGUUCUGGUUCCAGUGGCCCAAAGCUUGGGUCCAUUUUUAUCCCAAAUUGCAUCAUCACCGACAGUCAGACUAGGGGCAGAAAUGACUAUAAAGCAAUUAGAGAACCUCAGCCCUCCCAUCAUGAAGCAAGUACUUCCUUUAGUUGAGCAACUCCCUCCAUUGUACAUGGACUUGGUCAAGGGGAGGGAGGACUUUUCUCCAAAGCCAGAAGAAACUCGGCGACUUAUAAAGUCCUAUUACGGAAUCUCAAGGAAUCUUUUGAUCAAAUUUAAGGACGAUUCCAUCGAUGAAACGUCAACACUAGCACAGGUCCUCAGUUCAGAAUCGGCUAUUAGUUCAAUGCUGGACAUGUCAAUUCGUUUGUUGCCAGGAGAUCACGGUCUUCCUCUGCAGCAGGCUCUUCCAGAUGUUCCACCUGCAAUGGCUGAUGCAGUAAACAGGGGAAGUGAGUUCCUCACAAAUUUGACAGUCGGAACACCGUGGGAGACAGUUGCCAAAGAGAUGGGAAAUACUUUAGGUGUUGACCCGAGGUCAAAGAUUCUUCGUGCACAAAUAUCUAAAGACGUAGAUGUGCUUGUAGAUGUCGUUACAUCAUGGAUAGCUUCAAACACAGGUCCCAAACUUUUGAGGCCUUAAUUAUGGAAGGGUUCAGGACUCUUUCUGAUGGGAAGGUCGUGUCAAGAAUCUAUAAGGGGAUAGCAGAUUUUUGGUGCUUGUUGAAUUUUACAGAAACUGUUGUAAAUGUAUUGGAUAGGGUGUCCCUCCUUUUACCAUCCUGGGGUCCUAUGUUCUGUAUAGGAAUAAUUUUCUGGGUGUCUGAAGAAAUAUGUGGAAACGUGUAGACAAAUGACAUUUGAAGCUCCAUCUUUCACUGCGGGGGGAAAUAUGUAUUGUUGAUGCUAUUUGAUGAAAGAUAUGUGUAGAUUUAUGUGAACUAUCUGGUGCAGAUUCUGAUGA